CUUUGAUUCUCUAUCUUCUGUUUUCUGUAUUCAUUCUGAAUGCAGCUAUCUACCAACCUCUAAAGUCAGCUCAACCACCAAAAUGAGCCCGGGUACUCGCCUCCUCUACCUCCUCACGCCCCCGGCCCUACUCACAUACACCGUCCACCGCGGCCUCACCCACCUCGAAGCCAAAUACCCAGCCGUGCCUCCAGAACAAGCGAGCAGCCGCGCGCUCACUACCCCGGAGAACCCGGCUACACAGCGCUGCGCCGAAAUCGACAUCUACCAAGCCCGUGUCCCGGUUGAGGGCCUUCUCCGCGCUGCUGCUGCUGCUGCUGCUGCCGCUACCAACAACAACCCCAACACCUCAAAUACCAACCUCAGCCCCACCAUAAAUACACAAACCCUCCAAACAGCCUGGGCAAUCCUCUUCCUCACAAGCCCGAUAAUCCAAACCGAAGCCAAACUUAUCGGCCUGCUCACAACGGGCAAAUUCCACCCGGGGGACGUAGGCCUCUCACCGGCGGGCUUCCAACCGCCCGAACCCAGCCCCGACAACCCGGCGCCAACGAAACGCAAACUGAUCAACGGGGGCUUUAUCGUGGAGCGCCAGCCCACCGAGUCGCCGUAUGGGUUGCUCGCGUCGUGGAAGAUUCCCAACGAGCCGCGGGAGUUCUUUGAGAGGAUCGCGCAGUGGGGGUAUCCGUGGCGGUUGAUGAGUGGGGGAAGGCAUGAGUGGAGUGUUUCGGAGCCGUAUCUUGUUGAUGAAUCUGAGGGGGCUGCUGAUGGGACGAAGGAAAGGGAGUGGGUGGUGGAUGUGCGGUUUGCGUCGGCGCAUGAUUAUGAGGUGGUUGAAGCGGAAGGUGAGAGGCAGAAGGUUAUACCCGGUUGGGGUGGGAGGUUGCAUCGGGGUUUUGCGAUGUUGUUGGUCGAGGAUACGGUGCGGAGGGUUAAAUGAUACUUGGUAGAUUACUAGUAGUGUGGAUUGGGGUGGCGGACCUAGGAGGUUGAUGAGAU